CCUCGAGUCAAGACAAGAAACAGAAUAAUGGCUUCCGAUGAUGACGAAAUGCCUUCUGAAGUAAUACACACUUCUGAAGUUCUUACAUCCAAAUCGAAAUUUGACGAACUGAAACUCAUCCAACUGAUCAAGGCGAGGCCUGCCAUCUACGACCCACACCAUCCGAAACAUAGAUACAGGACAUACAUUGACCACCUGUGGAAUGAAGUGGCGAAUGAAAUGGGAGCCUCAGUGUACGAUCUGCGUAACAAGUGGCACGUCUUGCGAUGCUGUUUCAACCGGGCCAUGAAGGAGACGCAGUCUGGCAACCGGAGGUCGGGCAAACAAUGGCACCUCUACAAUGCCAUGCUCUUCAUCAAGAACUUCUUGCGGAAGCGGAAAAAUUCUGUGCAAACCUCAGCUGAGAAUUCCGCAACUCUGCAAAGCCAGGACAACAUAGCAGGCAAUGUCGAAUUCGACUGUGAAGUGAGCCCGAGCAACUCUAGCCCAUCCCUUACAAAGCAUCACUUGGUCAUCUUUGAUGACGGCACCACCCAGCUAGUGCCAGCCAAACGAUUAAAAACUGAUCAUUUUUCUUCACCAGAAAAUAUUAUGUUGCAAUCUUCCAAAUCCAAAUCUAUGUCGGAGGACACCAAUGAACUCUUUCUGAGAAGCCUGUUGCCGGACAUGUCCAAGCUGAAUCCAUCCAAACUAAGGCAUUUCAAGACAUUCGUUAUCACCAAGUUGACCAACCUGUUGGAUGAACAAGAUGCAGAAUCUGUUACCAGAGACCUUGCUGACGGUUUAGCGAGUACUUAUGUUCUAGAAUCCACUUCUGUUGAUUCUUGAGACAUUUCUGUCUGAAUAUUAUUACAUUCUAAGGUAUAUUUACUUUUCCCUGUGGAUAUACCAUAUGAUAGUGAUAAUCCAUAUUAAUUUGUACCAUAAAUAGGUGGAAUCUGUCGAUAAAUCGGCUUAGAAUCCAAACCAAAUGAGAUGGCUUUUGCCUAAUAUGCAUGUUCACAGGGCUUUAAUACAAAACAAACGCCCUGUCCAAGUAAUGUGAAACGUAAACUGUCCAAGUAAUGUGAAAAUCCACCAGCACUUUCUGCUAUUGAAUUUGUUUAGUUAUACUGUGUAAUUAUAAGUAUAGAUUAGUUAUAAUUAUAAUAUGUGCAGUUCUAAUGAUUGUGUCCAAUACAUUUAGAGACACAAAUAACUCGCAUCUGAAUAUCUACUGGACCACGGAUUCAUCACAGUCCUCGCUCAGAAUUCAUCUGAGGUAUCAAUAUCGAGCAGCUAACUCUCUCUCUUAUCUGACCUGUAGGCGAAUUUAUAACUCCUGGAUUGCACGAGUAACGCUCUUUUACCUCAUCGGGCAUAACAAGUUUUAUUUCCUCAUAUAAAACUCCGUUCCCACGGCCUGUGCGCGCCUUGAGCCCGGUGCAUUUUGCCUUCUUUCCCCUUAUUUGUGAUUAUCUGGAGCUCUUUGAUGUUUGUACAUUUUACGGGGAGCUCCCGACUGACACCCACAAGCGAGAGUGGUUCUACUAUGGGUCAGAUGGCGGGUUUACGACCAUACCCGUAAAGGCAACGGGCCGUGGAAAAAGGAUUUAAGACCGCUUAGUAACUGACGCAUCUGUGAAAGGCAUUAUUUGCUGUUUCACCCGCAGAAUUUUAUCAGCAGAAAUGUUCUUGUUGUUUCUUAUGGCACUUGGCACGGACAAGCCCGCUGUUACGAAGACAGCGAUUUUAAGCCGGUGGGGGAGCGUCUCUUGUUUUUUUAGUAGCGCCAACAAGGUCCAAGAGUACGACUUUGCUACUCACGCAUCACUCAUUCGCUUGCACAACCCCUUUUUACAGGAGGACACAUUCACACAUCUCACAGAUAGAACAACGGAAGAACAACCAUGCCCGAACCGGGACUCGAACCCAGGACGUCCAGAUCACGAGGAAAACGCGCUACCCCUAUGCCAGGACCCUGGUAGCAGAAAAGUGAAGUGCCAUUUAUGACUGACAUAUGAUUAAUUCAAGUUAUUGGGAAGAAAUCUGUAAUAUUAAACCUCCUUUAGGUGGAAAAGUUAAGCCCUGAAAUGACACUGCAUUCUACAAGUUUCCAUAUUAAGCCUUCAUGAGACCAUUUAAUCUAGAAAAGUUAAUGACCGAAAUGAUAUCUGAUCUUCAAUCCACAAUACUUUGUAUAGAAUUCUAGUUUAUAUUAGCCAAUCGGUGCAAUCCAUAAAGAUUUAUUGCUCAAAGGACUAAGUAUCGACAUGAAUAAGCUACAAGAUGUAGAUAGAAUGGACAGAAGAAUAUUAAUUGACAACAUUUAAAGGAAUAAUUAUCAUACAUACGGGGGGAGAGGGUCUCCAAAUUCUUCCGACAAACUUAAAGGAAUGUGAUGCACGUGAAGACAACGUGUGUAUACUUCGGAGCAUUCCUCUAUUAAAAAUAAGAGCACGAAGGUAAACAUUGAUUUCUAUUGGGUUUCUUUGCUGGUGGAAUUAGUAAUAGAAUAAUAAGAAAUUAACAUGAAUAAAGUGGAUAAAUUAAUUACAUUAAUUAGGGGUAAUGCAAAUUCACAGUUGUACAAUAUCACAAUAUGUACCAAAGUAUAUAUAACUAUUACAAGUCAUAAGCAGCUCGAUGGAUGCAAUGGCAUGACGGUACAAUUUAUAUCAUAAUGAUAUUCGUAAUUGGUUUACUUACAGAAUUGAGGGUUUGGUUUUAAAAUAAACCAGCAUUUUGAUGUUGCUUCUAUUUAAAACCGAGUUUAUUUGGGCCUUGAUGACCCAAUAGCUUGAAAGUUGUGACAAACAUGCAGAAUUUUGAUUGAAAUUUAUGAUAAUUUUAUUAAAGCCCCCUCCCCCCAUUCAAACUAAUAUAAAGGCUUUUUUAGAUCCAUUCCUUGAAUAUUCAUCUUCUGCUCAGUAUUUUUCAUUAUCUUUCAUGCGAAAAGAUAGUUUCAAUCACAAAAAAAAUCCAUUAUUUCCUCAUUUUUUGGAUUAGUUAUCGCAAAUGUCUACCUCCUACCAAAUAAUUUGAGAUUUUUUUUGUGAUAUUUAUGCUGUUCAUGCAUUUAAUAAAUAUUUUUGAUAUCUGUAAAAUUAUUUUUGUAAUAAAAUACUACAGCUAUAAGUUGC